GUGGAUAAAACCUUGCUUAACCGGACUUUUGUUCGAAGUUCUGUGUCGGGAACACUGAGGCGCCCUGAAACUAGAACCGAUGCGUCUCCAAAAGUUAAAGACCUUAAUCUCUCUGGCCAAGAAGUAAAAAAUUUCUAUGAAUCACUUACACAGUGCGUAACUCAAAAGUUGGAAUACUCGUCACCUGAUUCAAAUUUAUAUAAAUGUUCCGUAUGUGGUGGCUCUUUUAGUGAUUUUAAGAAACACGUUUCAUCUAUUGGUCAUCAAAUGGCUGAGAUGUCAGAAAAAAGUUCGAAACCAUCGCCGCUGUUAAUUCCUCCUUCAAAUAAAGGUUAUCAACUUUUAACUAGAAUAGGUUGGCGUGAUGCUGCCCUCGAUCCAGAAUAUGAAGAACUGAAGACAUCGAAAGAACUGUCUGGCAUUUCAACUAACGAGUAUAAAUCACAUUUCUGCAUUAAAAACGGUGGUUUGGGUGCUUCCAGACCAGGUCGACGCUUUCCUGUAGCAACCGUUUUAAAACGCGAUCGUCUCGGUUUUGGAUGGCCAAAUAAAACAAAUACUGCAAGAAUUACACAUUUCAGCGCAGGUGAUUCAAAAGCAGUUGAAUAUCCCAAAGACGUGAGACGACUUCGUCACUCAUCCAUUAAAAUGGACUCGAAAUAUAUGAUAAGAAAAAUGAAUUUAGAAAAGAAGAAAGAACGUAUUAUAAGACAAGGGUUUAAUUUGACUGAUGAACAGUUAGCUUUGCUCUAUGACAAAUGAACUUUUGAAUCAUUUCAUAUUAAGUAUAGUUAUUUUCUUCAGUAUAUACUGUAUAUAAUUAUCGAAUUUAUUUAAAUCUAUGUUCCAAUUUUUGUCAAUUCUAUGUUAAGUUGGUUACAUUAUUUGCUGUCAUUUUGUUGAAAUCUAAGUAAAGUGAGACAGUAAUCCUAC